AUGAUGAUGACGAUGACUGGCCGUGUGCUGCUGGUGUGUGCCCUCUGCGUGCUGUGGUGCGGUGCCGGCGGUGGUGGACGAGCUGAAGCACCUCAAGCUCCUUCGGAUACUCCGCCUGGUAAUAACACUAAAAAUGAGAAUUCGACCGUCGUUGGCGCUGGAGGAGGUGUCCAAAACGGUGAACAGGCAGAGCUACAAGAAAAAUCACCAAAGGCGUCACGAUUACCGGAAGUGCAAGCGGAAGCGAGCCUGCCACCGGCACCAAAACCCGAAGGAGAAGCAUCAGAAACGGCAAGUACAACGAAGGACAGAAAGGGUCAAAAAGAAGAACAAAAAACGGAGAAAAAAGAAGAGAAGGAGGAAAACGAAGAAGGCGAAGAAGAGGAAGAGGAAGAGGAAGGAGAAACUGCUACCGGCACCACAGGGGAGAUCUCAGCAGGCGGUCAAGAGCAGCCAAUUUUAUCUUCUGGUGCGGCGGGAGCAUCGAAUAUAACAAAUCCCAACAGCACCCAAACAACUGGAGACGAUGAUCCAGCAGCUGAUGGUGCAGGGACACGAGAGGGAAAACAAAAUGAAAAUAAAGAUGCCAAUCCGAAGGAAACACCAGUGACGGCCGCAGCCAUGAAAACUACAACGGCGAAGUCUGGCGACAGCGACAGCAGCACCGCGGUCUCCCACACCACCUCCCCUCUUUUGCUUCUUCUUGUUGUUGUUGCGUGUGCGGCUGCUGCUGCGGUGGUGGCCGCGUGA